AUGGUUAUUCUCCUUGCUAUACUUGGUAUUAUUAUCAGCUACUGGCCCUUCCUCCUUUUUGUCUCAUUUAUUUUGAUUGCGGCAAUUUUAGGGUGAGUCGUAUUAGUCAUAUUAUCGUUUUUAGGGGGUUACUGUGCCUUUGGUACCUUGGAGAGAAAUGGAGGGACGAAGAUAAGACUAACAAUAUCAUUGAGUCUUCGAAAUUCCGGCCUCAUUUGCAUGAACUUAUCCAAGAGAGGCAGCCUUAUUUGAGCGAUCGGCUUGACUAUUUUGUGGUCACCGGACUUCCUCAAAUUGAUGAUCUUAUACAUCAGGUAUCUGUGUCUUUCAAUUUGUGUUACUUUUUAGAUUAUUGACAAUUUGAUUCGGACUUACAUUUUUCCGUGGUAUUCCCAGUUAUCUAGGAAUCGCAGUUUUCCAAAUAGCUUAAAAAGAUGUGCUUGUAGAACAUUGACAACAUUGAGCAAAAGGUAAUUUUUUGUCUUAAGAUUUAUUAUUUCCUAGGCUUAAACGGGUGGAUUGGACUGUAUUGUUGACAAGACAUGUGGUCGAUGAUGUUGCGUCUCAUUUUCGGUUGUUCCGAUUGUCAAAUGAACGACGGAUGGAGCAAGAUCGUCUUGUCAAGGAAGGACUUCUUAAGAAGUCUGAAGAUCUGGAGUCCAUCUUCUUUGAUAUGGAGCUUGAAAUGGAAAUGAUGUAUUGUCGAGAUCUUAUUUCAACCUCCACUGCCUAUGAAAGUGGUAAGUAACUCUUACACUUUCCUUAUUUUAUGAUUUAGCUUGCUUACACGACCUCACGGAUAUCUUGCUCUUCUUGCUCAUGCCUUCCGAGGAGUUUCGAUCGAGACCUUUAAGGUUUUUAAUCAGAGAAAUCCUUAUCGGGCGCGUGCUUAUUCCUUUGCUCAACAAAGUCUGUGAUUCCGACUUUAUCAACCAUUGCAUCAUAGUUUUGGUAAGUAUCUUUUAUUAGAUAUUUAUUAUUGUUUUAGUUGAGUGAUGUCAAAUUAACCGCCGACGAUUUCUUAAUGAUAAUGCACAGAUGUCGGUCAAUUCAAGAUCUUGAAGUAAUUCUGGAAGCUGCAUAUGGAGAACGAUCAGUUUUAUGUUCCCGAGAUAAUUCUGCCAACAUUGAUGAUGCUAAGAAAGAAAUACAAGCGCUAACUGCUCUUAUCGAGCUGAUAAAAAGGAGAAUGAAGCGGUUAGAAAAUUCCCCCAUGAAGACUGAAGCUCAUACAGUCUUCCGGAAGAAGUCUACCGAAUCUGAUAGGGUCAUUCUUCCGAUUACUUUGGUUUUGACAAACAAUGUAGCCGUUACGUAUUUUUCGGAUUAUUUGGCGGAAAUUGGAUAUCAGCAUUACCUUGACUGUUAUCUUGCAAUUGAAGGUUUCAAAUCCAGCGUAGCCCAUCAAUUAAGAGCGAUGGCCGGAGGCGUUACUUCUGAUCCUGAUUUUCAAGAAACAAUGAAAGAAGCUUCACUAUUUUUGUAUAACCAAUACCUCUCGGACACUGUAAGAUUGUUCAUUAUUAGUGAUUUACCGUUUUAGGCUCCGAGAAGAAUUCCACUGGAAGAAAGUUUGGUUAAUACUUUUCUGGUCAGAAUGCGGAACGAUGAGCCGUCUGAUAGUUGGUUUGAUCAUAUUCAAUCUGAGGUGAAGUUUAUUUACUUGUUUUACGGUCUAGUUUAAGAUUGUGAGCGUUUUGUCAUCUGAGAGGGCGUUUUAUAAUGAUUUUACUCAAUCUUCGUUCUACGAAAAAAUGUUAUGCGAUCUGGAAAUAACGGACCUGGAUGAAGUCAGUGGAAAAUCACUCAAUGAGGAAGUUUUUCUCACCCGCGACUGUAAACUGACAGUAGAAGUUGGGAUGUUAGGAGUUGGCAGACAAAACAAGGGACCCGGUGCUCAAUUUUAUGCAGUUUACAGUGUAAUAGUUAGAAGAAUCGAUAAAACGGGAGAAACUAUAUCAUCCUGGAAUGUAAUCAGACGUUACUCGGACUUUUACAAUUUCAAUUCGGAUAUUCAAAAGAAGGUACCGUGCAAUAUUUCAAAUUUAUGGUUUUGUUUGAGUAUCCAACUUUGAAACGAAUUGAAUUUCCGGCCAAAAAGACGUUUAAUAAUCUGAAGCAAAAUUUUCUGGAGAAGAGAUGUAAGGACCUCAAUAAAUAUAUGGAAGUAAGUCCAUCUCAGUUAUUAAUGCUCGUUUUUCUUUUUACGGUUUCACCUUGAUUAUUUUUUUAGCAAUUAACAAAUACUUCGCUCCUCAAUUCGACUCCUGGACUUUAUGAUGACUUAUUGGACUUUUUAAAUCAGAAAAAAUACAUAGGAAUAAGUCAAAAGUUCUCUAAGAAGAUUGCUUUGGCCAUGGUAACACCAAUUAUCGACAAAGUAAAGGCUAUUAAAACAGUGGUAACAAAUGUUCCCGAUCAUGUCACAAAAAUGGGCAACGAGAUCAACAAAGCCGCAUCCAACAUUAUGAAGGUAAUUAUUUUUAGUUUUCAGCCUUGUUAUAAAUCCUGUACUUGUUAGAGUGUCCCAUAAGUUUUGCUGCUUUUCGGGGUUGAUAUUUGAAGUCUCAUUACAGUAUCUUAAACGACUGCAAUCCUUAUUUUUUGAUACUGAUAAAGCCGCCAUCCCUUAUACUAGUCGCGCCAUGAAGUCCUAAGAUCGAAGGUUCCACAAACCCCGUAAUGCACUUCAGGAUUCACACAAUCUGAUGACUCAAAAAUCAGCAAGACUUAUGGGACAACACACUAAUACUUAUUUUUUCCUAGAAUAACACAACCUUGAAACAUACAGAAAUGGACUUCCAAAGAGUUGCUUCUUCGUUGGAUCUGGAGGUCAGUGCUUUAGUUGUCGUAUAAAUUAGUUUUUAGGGUGACGAUGAGAGUAUUCCCCUUAGGGUUCUGUUGCUUUUUGUUAACGAACUGUUUGGUGUUGAUGGCCGAAACCAAUGGUUUAAGAGUCGAGUGAUCGCUGCUGUCCGUCAUUUCCUUCAUGCCGCCUUUGGAACAUCUCUAAAUAAGUUGAUUAUCGACUUUGUUAAAGAUAAAUCAUCAGAAUUAAGCGUGGCCAAGUACUUAACAUUGUUAAGGUAGGAGAAUGUUGUUUCUGUUUUACGUAUUGUUUUAGGAAUAGCCUUAAAAUAAAACGAGUGAAACCAAGGCAAAACGGUGCCAAAACCCGCAUCUUAUCCCAGACAUUGAUGUAUGCAGCCAUUCCACCGGAACUGAAAUUUGUUUUUGGGACAACAUCCUCGUUGAACGCGGUGGCCAAUUUCAGUGAAAUGAUACAUCAGAAGGCUUUAAAUCGACGCUUAUGCUACGUUCUGAUAGAGAGGCUCUUGCUCACCCUAUUCCCCGAGGGCAAUUUCCCUCAGCUUUUAUCCAAAUUGCACUCCAAAAGUCCAAGAUUUAUAGAUAUUUAG